CGCGACAUCCGGACCCGCCCCUUCCCCCGCUUCCGCCGCGCCCCACGGGACUUCCGCCGGGAGCUCCGGGAGGCGGCCUUUCCCCGUCGCGCGGCGCCUCGGGCCGCGCGGGUCUCGGGGCGUCGGGGAAGGCCGGCCGGGUCCGCGUUGCCGCUGCUGCCGAGGCCGGCCAGGGUUCCGGGCGGACCCCGCGGGCUCAGGCAGGCGUUGAGACGUCUGGUGUGGCGCAGCCCACAGCCGACCGGAAGCCGGCCUUCACAGACGGACGGCCCGCUGUCCUGAGGGAGGGUGACCGCGCCAGCGCUCUGGGGAGGCCCGCCAGGACCGUGAGGGUCCCACAGUUGCUCCGUCAGUGGAAGAGUCCAGAAAAGGCCAUUUCUAAGGUCCUCCCUCCUCGAGCUGCCUGUCGCCUCCCUGGCCCCACCUUGAGGAUGGACCUGCCAGACACAGCUGGAGACCCCACCAGCGACCCUGUUGUGACCGAGGGCUGUUCUGCCGGCCCGGACCCACUUCUGUUCCUGCAGGCCCUGCAGAUGCUGUGGUCCACGCGGGAGCUGCGGCAGCUCCGGGAGGAGGCUCGGCGGGGCUUCGCGGCCCUGGCCGACCCGCGGACGGUGCUCCUGGACGUGCUGGAGAGCAGCAGGGGCUGGCAGCAGAAGGGCCCCUCCCUGGAGGCCUGGCUUACCUGGGAGCUGGCGCACUGGCUGUCCACACAGCCUCUCCCAGGGCUGGCCCAGGGCAGCUCGGGGCUGAAGCAGCUGCAGGCCCGUGCUGUCAGAGUCCUCACGGAGAGCCCCCCUGGCCUUGUGGAGCCGCUGGUCAGCAUCUUCCAGCUGCAGGACGCAGACCGGGGCCCCCUGCUGACUCACGUCCACAGGCUCCACCAGGAAGGCAAGUUCAAAGAAGCUGCUCUGCUGGGCCUGAAGCUGAGGCUGCAGCCACUACUCGAUGUUGAGAAGAUGAGCUCCCCGCUGCUCCUGCAGGACAGGAUGGCCCUCGCACAGCGCUACGUAGCCGGCUUUCCAGACCUCCAGAGGAGGCUGCUGGCCCUCCUGGACUCCUGGUGCCAGCCCGGCUUUGACAUCAGAGUCGUGGCCAGGCAGUUCCCGCAGGUGACCCCCCUGCGGCUGGAGAGGCUGAGCCCCGGAGUGCUGAGUCGGCAGGUUCUGAGCCUGCUGGAGCGGCAGGGCCUGGACCCAGGCUCCGACCCCCUUGCUCUGCGGUGUGGCCUCAGGUUCCCAAGCGGCCUCCUGGGGGCAGGAAGGAGGAGGAGCGGUGCGCCAGAGUCACCGGCCGGCCAGCUGCGUGUGGACGGUGGCCCCACCACAAGGGCACUCCCCGUGCUGAAACUCUGUGUCCCCACACCGUCGCUCAGCAGCGCCUGGCAGCCCUGCGCCACCUGUGCCGUGAGCAUUUCGUGGAGGGCAGCUGGUCUCGGGAGAACUGGACUGAGCACGUGCUGGCCCUGGUGGGACAGGACGAGCAGCUGCAGGACGAGGUGCGGCGGUGGCUGGCGUCUCCCGACAACCAGGCUGUGGCCGCCCAGUGCGCCCUGGACCUCUCGCUGCCUGAGGCGCAGCUGCCAGCCUCGGUGGCCACUGAGCUCCGCCGGCUCAAACUCCAGGGGCGGGCUGCUGAGGUGCGCUCCGAGAGCCGGAGGGAUGGUUACUAUCAGCUGCCCAUCGCCAGCGGGGACAUCCACUUCCUGGCCUCCUGGGAGGACCUCGCCAGGCACGAGGAGGAGCUCCUACAGCCCGGCCAGGUGCUCGCUGUGGACCUGGAGUGGCGACCCUCGUUUGGCACAGGGGGCCGGCCGCAGGCGUCCGUCCUGCAGCUGGCCGUGCAGGGCCGUGUGUUCCUGCUGGACCUGCCUGUGUUCUCACGGCCAGUGGGAGGGCAGGUGUCCCAGGCCUUCUCCAGGCUGGUCUCCCAGAUGCUCUCGGAUCCCUCCAUCACUAAGUUGGAUGCGGGUGGCAGACAAGCCGGCUCUAGGCAGAGGUGAGGCCAGGGGGCCGCGGGGCCUCAGCCUCCUGGUGCAGCAGGUUCUGGGCAAGCCCCUGGACAAGGCGCAGCAGCUCUCUAACUGGGACCGGCGGCCACUGAGCGAGGGGCAGCUGGUGUACGCAGCUGCUGAUGCCUACUGCCUGCUGGAGGUGUACCAGGCUCUGUGCAGAGAACCUGCCCGGUUCUGCCUGUCUGAGGACCUGGCCAGGAGCCUGAGGCCAGCGAACAGUGAGAGGCCAGAGGCCUGGGAGCUGCCCGGCCUGCAGGAGGCCUCAGCCUCGCCUUGGCCGAACACAGCGGCUCCCGGUUCUUCUCAGGGUCGGCCCUCAGAGCUCUCACCCCCGUCAAGACCAGGAAGGGGGUCAGGGGCCCGCGGGCUGAGCCAAGCCGUGUGGCGGGAGCCUGUGGCUGAGAAGCAGGACGCCGCCCCCGAGGUCCCCGUCAGGGCCUUCCGUGCUGUGUGCGACAGCAUGCUCCAUGGGCUGGCCCGGAGCCUGCGCUGCCUGGGGGCCGACGUGCUGACGCUGGGCGCCGGUGAGGACCACCGCAGGGCUGCAGAGGUUGCCAGGCAGGAGGGAAGGAUCAUCUUGACCUCAGGGCUGCCGUACCACAAGCUCCGGGCCCAGGUCGGGGCUGGGCGCUGCAUGUCCGUGGACUGCUCCCUCAAGGCCCGGCAGCAGGCAAAGGCCGUGCUCAAGCAUUUCAACGUGCGCGUCACCCCUGCCGACAUCUUCAGCCGCUGCCAGGAGCCCCACCUGACCUCGGCACCCCUCUGUCCCCAGGAGCCCCGCCUGACCUCGGCACCCCUCUGUCCCCAGGCCUGUAACUGUGACCAGUACCUGAAGGUCUCCAAGGAGAUGAUGAAGCAGCUGGUGUGGCUUGGCAGCCAACGGGAAGUCCCUAGCAGCACAGGUGAUGAGGCCAGCCCCAGCACAGACUUACAGGAGGCAGGCUCAGCCCCGGAGGAGGCCCCUGAGAGCCGCACCCAUGACCUGCCCUGCCGCUGGCUGGAGGCGGCCGACCUGCAGUCCCACGCGCCCGCCGUCCUGGGCAACGGCACCCGACUGCAGCUGGCGGGGGUCCCGGAGGGCGUGCUGCAGCGGCCGGGCCCCCGCCCCUUCUACUGCUGCACCGGCUGCGGCAAGGUCUUCUGGGAGGGCUCCCACCUGGGCCGCAUCACCACACAUUUCCGCGAAGUCCUGGAUGGGGCCUCCAGGCCCUGCCGCCCCCCGCCCUGCCCUGUCAGCGGCACCCUCUGAGGACCGGGCCCCGGGCCCCGCUGGUCUGCAUCGCCCUCCCAGGCUCCCUGCACACACCCCAGGGCUCCCCACCGCAUGCCAGCAGGGUUCCGGCCCCGCACAGAGCCUGGGGCAAGGUGGAGGGGCUCAAGGUUUUCCACACGGGCAGGAUGCUCGGACCCUGCGCCGAGAGCCGCCUGGCAUUCGGGAAUGAGGCCGGCGGAAGCGGGAAGGAUACGCCUGGCAGAGGAAACGGCACAAAGGCCCAAGGGGGGCCCAAGUGGCUCCCCGAGCAUGGGGCUCAGUGGGCUGGGGGGGCGGGGGCACAGGCCCCCCCACCGUGCCCGUGGCCCUCUCCCUUUGCUGUGGCAGCCCCUACCCCCGAUCCCGCCACUACCCCACUCUGCUGGCAUUCUCAGGCCAAGGGCCAAGCCUCCAGGCCAAGCAGGGCAGGACCUUCCUCCCUUCCCCCAAGUAGUUCCCAGCCAGGCUGGCCCUCUGGGGUCCUCCAGUUCCUGGGGAGUAAUAUGGUGGGGGGGAGCUUCCCAGGGACAGGGUAGCCAGGCGACGCAGCCACCCUCUAGGAAGACAUCCAUUGUGUACUGGAAGGCCAUGGCCUGGAGGGGAGGUGGCCCCUCUGAGUCUGUGGCUCUGGCCCCCUUGCUGGCCUCCUGCCCCCACCCCCUGCCACAUGGAGGCCGGGCGGCCUCCUCUCGUGAAAGAGGCAGCAACGAAGUCAGAGGGCGGCUGCACACAAGACUCUCUACUUCAUCCACUCGGAGGGAAACUGAGGCGCAGGCACUCAUGGCUGGCACCCCGAGGGCGCAUGGGCACUGGUGCCAGGUGGGCAGGGAGAGGAGCCUAGACAGCACCUUGCCCUCGCUGCCCCCUCCUGGCUCACCCCCCAGGAAUGUGCCUCCCCCCCCACAUCCCUUUCCUGUCCUUCCUGCCUGGAGCGGAAACCGGCUCCGAUUUGGCUGAGGAGCCCAGGCGGAAGCUUCAGGGCUGCUGGGGCCUGGGAGCUGGGGCGGGGUUGCCGCCUCUGCCCAGGGCGGGGAACACCUGCAGGCCCAGGUGUGAUGGCCUCAGACCAGGUGGGCACUGGUCGUGCCAGGCCUGCCCCCGCCCGGGCUGGGGGUCAUGCUGAAA